CGCCUCAGUCGCCGUGGAUCAGCUGUUCAUUGUUGACAAGAUGGCCCUCCGGCUCGGACGCUCCGCCUUCGCCCUGCUUCCUCGCGCCUCCAGGCCCCUGGGGCGUGCCCUUAGCACAACAGCGACAAGAUGGGUGGAUGAUCUCAGCGUCAAGCAGGUGGAGCCUCGUGAUGCUCGGAAGUCCAUGCUUUCGGCCGAGGAAGUAGAGCAUCAGAAGGCACUCUCUGGUUACAUCACUAUCGAUGCUCCUGCCGACAUCACCCCAAUUACGGGCGUCCCUGAGGAGCAUAUCAAGACAAGGCGCGUCCUGAUCAAAAAGCCAGCCAAGAACUCGAUGCAGUCAGGAACCAGUAACAUCCAGCUGUGGCGCUUGUCGUUUGAUGAGCGAGAGAGAUGGGAAAAUCCUCUCAUGGGCUGGUCGUCCACAGGUGACCCCUUGUCUAAUAUGCAGGUUGAUUUUGGAUCCAGAGAGGAAGCAGUUGCCUUCUGCGAGAAGAAUGGCUGGGAGUGGAUUGCCGAGGACCCCCCCGUGAAGCCCCCACGUGCCAAGAGCUACGCUGCCAGCUUCUCGUGGAACAAGCGCUCUCGUCGGUCCACCAAGUAGAUCCUUGGAGGCAUGAGAGAGCUCGACAAAUUUUUUUUUAUUCUGAUCUUAGGCUGAAACUGAUGCCUUCACUUUCUUUUUUUCUUUUUUUUCAUUAAAGUCUAAAAUUGAAGGAAGGUGUUUAGAAAACAUUUAUGCUGUAAAUAUGUUAUUUAAGAAAUAAAAAGAAUAACACAA